CCCGCAAGAAACCUGCAGCAGGUCCGCCAGGCAUGGCUGCCGAGAAGCGCACCAUUGGCAUGGGCAUGGACUACUCGCCCUCCAGCAAGGCCGCCGCGAGGUGGGCGGUCGACAACCUGAUCAAGGCCGGGGACCGUCUCGUCCUCGUCCACGUCCUCCCCAAGGGCGUGGACUCCAGCCACAAGGAGCUCUGGAAGACCACCGGCUCACCUUUGAUUCCUCUCUCGGAGUUCAUGGAGAUGAACCUGCAGGCGAGGUACGGGCUCAACCCUGAUAAGGAGACACUGGAGAUCCUGCGAGCUGUAUCCAAGUCCAAGCAGGUGGAAGUACUAGCAAAGGUUUACUGGGGCGAUGCAAGGGAGAAACUCUGUGAGGCGGUAGAUGAUCUCAAGGUGGACUCCUUUGUGCUUGGUUGCAGGGGCUUAGGGCCACUGAAAAGGGCUCUCCUUGGGAGUGUCAGCAACUAUGUAGUCAACAAUGCAACAUGCCCGGUUACAGUGGUGCGCGGACCAACUGGGUUGAGUGCCUGAUCUUUUCUGUUUAAUGUGGGGCUUUUGUAGUGCAAGGAUCAUUUAGUACAACUGGGUUGAUGUCGUUUGUGAGGAUGGUGUGUUAGCACUUAGCUCUGGUAAUUAGCUUCGGUGUUAUUACUUGACAUCUGUUGUCCAGUUGUGAUAUCUGUGAAUUUCAUCUAUUAAAUCUUAUCUACAUAUAUUUAUGCUUUUCUUUGUGAAAUUAUGUAAGAAAAUUUCUAC